GUCAUCUCCAGAUGCGGCAGGGGAAACUGGGGAAAUAAGGGAGGGACAGGUGAAUCUACAUUGCUGCGCACCAAGAUUUCGCACCUGUCGAACGUACCACUGCGAGCCCAUUCAUUUCCCUCCUUCGGUACCACCGAUGGGCAGUAAACAACCCGAUUGACCACCACUACCACCACCCGUUUGGCAUUUACUGCAUCCAGCGGCAGUUUCCCAUGGUGGACGCAAACACCGCCUAGGUAGGUAGGUAGGCCAGGCAGAUAGGCAGCUGCCAGUCCAGUGGACGACGCGCCCAGUAAACCACACUACAGACGUCCGCCCAGUGGUCUGGGCAGCAGGGAAGACACGCAGACAACGCCCAGAAGGCCGCUCACUUUCCGCAAUUGCAUCAACGACGACGACACCGUGACACUGCGACCGAGAACAGACGGCGGAGACUGCGAGAGGGAGAAAAAAAUUCAUCAAUCGUCACCAUCAAUCGGCCUCGCGACGAUCCGACGGGAGUACAAUGAAUGGCUAUUCAAUCGUCGCCAAUGGCCUCCGUCACGCGCUCCACCAGGCGGGCGACGAACACUGAUGGCCUCGUCCAGCAGCAGCUUCACCCGGUGCCCAUCCCGCGCCCCCAUCCCCAUCCCCUUCACCAUCCCGUCCAGGCUUUCGCCGCUGCCGCCAAUGCGAACACUACGACGCGCGCCGCCAACACCCCCCAAAACAUCAACACCCUCCACCACCCGAUACCCGGUCGCAACAAGCGCCAGCUCGACUCAUCCGACAAUCUCGUCGAUUUCAAUCACCAGAAACCCAAGCGCCCCAGGACGAGCAUCGAGAUCCUCAUUAGGCCUGCCCCAUCGCCCGCGAGACCUGCUGCCACCAACGCCAACGCGACAAGUGCCUCAAACGUCACCUCGACUCCGCAACACGCAUCCGCGACAACAACGCCUCGCCCGCUCGCCCCCUUACCAAAGCACCCGCCAAAAUCUGCACCACAACACGCCGCGACGGUGCAUCCCCCGAAUCCCACCCCGGUUCCGGCGAACGAUGAUGCUGCCCAGUUGACCAAACAUCAGGAAAAGGUCAUCAACGGUAUUAAACACGAGCUGGAUCGCCUACAGCCCCGCGAUGCCGAUACCCACACAAAGGAGGGGGGCCGCAAACUGCGCUCUCAGGAGGCCACUCGCUUCAAGAGCGAACUGGCCGCCUACUUUCCCGAAUAUGACGAGGUCAUUGGGAAUGAGCCCAAGGAACAACAACUCUUCACCGUUGAUACCCCGAUAAUUAUUUUUGACUCGAACCCCACACGCCAUCAACCAGUCUCCUGGCAGCGACAUCUCGGCUCCGCCACGGAACCCAAGGCCACAGGCGAUGGCUCAGCAAGCUUGCCAGUGGGACACAAAGUGCCGGUGCGCGGCUACGGCGAUGCCCUAUUUGACGAGCUGGUCGACGCUCAGCGCAUAGACUUUGAUUUUCUGGGCAUAUCCCACAAGAGAGAACCCGUCGAAGACCCCCUGCCCGACGCAACUUUUGUGUCAUCCCACAAGAGGGCGGAAAGGCUGGAAAAGUCCAUUCGCAACACAGAAAGAGGCCGGGCCCAGCAUGAAAAGGACCAGAUUGCCCGUCUACUCGAAGGCCUCCAAGGCCAUGACUGGCUGCGAGUCAUGGGUGUCAGCGGCGUUACAGAGACGCGGAAGAAGCAGUUCGAGCCAGCGCGGCAGCACUUCAUCAAGGGAUGCCAGGUGAUUCUCGACAAGUUCCGCCAGUGGAGUCUGGAAGAGAAGCGCCGUAAGGCCGAGAGAGACCGCGCCUUAGCUGAGAAAGCCGAGGCGGAGGAUUCGUCCGACAGAGAGCAGUCAUCUGCGGACCCCACAAGCGGCGAUGAAGAUACCGAAGAAGAUGAGCCUACUGGCGAUAUCAGUGACGGAGACCCUCCAGGCUCCGACGAUGACGAUGACGAUGACGACCCGGUGACCCAGCAGCUCCGUCAAGAGGCCAAGGCAAGGGCAGGUGCGUCGAAGAAUAGCAGGAAGCGUCCACGUACCAUACCACAAACUCGGCCGCCACCCAAGCCUGAACCGCCGAGGGAAUUUAAGUCAUUCUUCAAGAAGAGAUACGAAAGAGACGCCGCCUUGCAUCGGCAUAGGCGCGCCGGCCGCAAGGUGGUGGCGUGGGGACACCCAAUACCAGAGAUACCCGUGGAGGAUUUCGAUCUUCCCGAAGAGUUCCGCGAUGAGGAGACGCUGCGGGUGCAUGCGAGAAAGAAGCGUCGUGAUCGCCGAGGCCGACAGUGAGCAAGUUUGCUCGGCUACGGGACCGACGACGUGUUUGUAAUACCUGGAUUGUCUUGCAGCGGCAUCUCGCAGUGCAUCGGGUUGGCGUGAAGGAGUGCUGUACCAUUAUCAUGUGUAGACUGUUGGGAGGCCUGGCCCAAGAAAGAACAAGCGUUUGAUUUCUCCAACAGCUUUGCCUCGGUGAGAUCGAAUGCUGGAUAUGUGAUGUGUGCAAAAAAAUGCGUUGGAAUGGCGUCGCGAACGAGCGGACCAGCUUCAGUCUGUCGGUCCUUCCAAAUCGUGAUGCAGGAACCGUGGCGGCUAGGGACUUACUUACCG